AUCCUAUAUUUUCCAUUCUUUCUGAUCAACUUCUAUUGUGACAUCUGGUAUGUGAUUCUCAAUUUUGCAGGAAAUCAAGUGAUUCUUUAGGUUGAUCUGGUUCAAUGGCAUCUUCCGCGAUAAAACCUGGCAUUUUGGUUUCUUUGCAGGAUUUACAUCCAUCUUCUCCAUUCUUUAAGCAAGGGGUUUCCCUUCGAGUUACUGGAAAACUUCAGGGUUACUCUGUAGAUACUGCAAUUGCCAUAAUCAGUGAUGGAAAUUUCAGCCUAAAGAUCAACACACAACACCUGAGGAACCUCAACCUUAGACUUGGAUCCAUCUAUCAGUUCAUUGGAGAGCUCUUCAUAGAAUCUAAUGAUGAGGCCACCGUGCAAGCACGUGUAGGUAGGAACGUAGAUGGCAUUGAUCUCAGUCUUUACAGUCAAUCUCUGCAGCUGUUGAGAAAGUUUCAAGCUGACCACUUGAAUGAUCAGAAUGCUUAAUAACCAACAUUUCUUGUCCAGAGGGAUACUUGAGAAACAAACUAGUUUAUCAAGGUAACUGAUUCUAGCUUGGUGUAGCGGUCACACAUGACAUAAUGGUUUGCCAUGGGCUUGGUGCUGUCAAUUACUGUCGAAUGCGAACCAAACCCAAUCCCCUCCCCUUC